AUGGUCUACCGAGAUCGCUUUUUCUCGGCGCAAUCUCAACUGAGGGACAUGUAUCCUGAAUCUGCUGCAAUCUCUUGCCUCGAACUUCUCGUCGAAGAGGGUCGAGAUACCGUGGUUCUCCACUUGCUGCAGCAUGGUUUUCAUCCACACCAUAUGCUGACGUCUCGCAUCCUGAACCUCGUUUCCGGCACCCACGGCUCUUCGCCGCAUCUGACCGACAUCAACCCCCUCCAUAUUUCGGCGGCCAUGGGCCUACAGAAGGUGGCUGCCCUUUUGAUUGGCCAGCAUGGCACUCACGUCGACUUCAGAGACAGCUGCGGCUACACGCCGUUGUCGUACGCCAUACGCUCGCCGUUCGCCGAUGACGAGAUGAUAUCUGAGCUGAUCCUCUGUGGUGCCGACCUCAUGCAGGAGGUGCCACAUGGCGGCAUACAAGUGUCUAUUCUGGAGUACGCCUGCCAUGCCGGCCGGUUCACCGCUGCUCUUCACAUCCUCGACGCGCUCGAGUUAUCUGACGUGCCUUUCGCUUACGACCCAGCUCUUCGGGUUACUAUACCAAUGCCCUGCUUUCAAACGAAAGGCCAGACUUCGCAUACCAAAAAGAUCCUGGUCAGCAAGCUCUUGGGACGUGGAGCGAACCCAAACGCGAUCGUUCGUUCUUCCGGAGCCCCUCUCUUGACGCAUCUGGUUCGGAACCAUCCCACGGCCGUCGACUUUCUCCUGGCCCUGCCAGGCGUCCUCGUUGAUACACCCGAUGAAAGCGGCCACACUGCUUUGGCCUAUGCUCUAUCACCUAGAACGCAACCUUCGCCGGUGUAUCUGAAGGUCGCUGUGUCUCUUCUAGCUCACAAGGCGACCUUGACGACGACUAUGACAAAGUGGAUUUUGGACGGCACACGUUGCAUAAGCACCAUGCGACACAUGAAAAAAACGCUCGAGAGAGGACCACGUCUACUAGAUUUCUUCCGACUUUUCUAUGGCCAUUGCAUCGAGGUUCCCCAGUGGCAGCGCACCCAUGCCCAGCAGUAUUUUCUAGCCGAGGCGCCCGAAUGGACUGUUCAUCUGACCUGCAGAAAGAAGAGCAAAGGACUAUGGACACGGAGAGUGGUGGAAAGCAAGGUGAACAAGUAUUUUGAUCUCAAGAUAGUGCCUAGAGGCUCCGCGAUGUCUCUCUCUGCUCCGGUGCAAUAUCUGGAACCCUCCAACGACGAGGCGCCGACGGAGCGGCCAUCGCUGCUUACCAGCAGCGCCAAGCUUGGCGUCCAGCUCCGAUGGCAGGUUCGCAAGCGGGCUGGACAGUGCUGCUGGCAGCUCCUCGGCGGCACGCGCCCCGUUACCAGGAGCCCGAGCGGGCGCGCCGUUGGCUACCAGCAAAAUGGCCUAUUACCGGCAGCUGUUGGCGCAAAGUUGGGCACGCGCCCAGCUACCAGAAACCCCGGCAUUGCACGUAUGACCUUGGUCGAGGUUACCGGCGCUGCUCGGCCGGGGCUACCAGCAGGCGCUCCAAGCAUCCGCGCCGAGGGCCCGGUCAUCCCGGACCAGUGCCUAGCUACCAGCAACGGUUGCGGCCUGUACAGCGUCGGCGAUGCAUUUGCAUGUCAUCCAAUUUAG